AAGGUGAGUGAAAACCGAGAGAUUUUAAAAGACCUUAUUAAUGCAACCUGUUUACUAACCAAGCAGGAGCUAGCAUUUGGUGCUAACGAUGAGGAGCACGACAUUUUGCCAUUAUUAUGCGACAGUUUCCGUUAUUGAACGCACGAGACAGGAGUUUCAACACAACACGCAAACAGUGAGUCAGAGACGAGAAGGAAAGACUGUAUUAUAACAUUAUGGACAAUGACAGUGUUCAAAUGAAAGCUCGGUUUGACCACUUCAGUGAGCUAGCUUUCCUCGGCUUGGUCGACUGUACCACAUUUCAUGAAAUGUCACAACGUUUUGAUGACACCAAACUGCAGCGUCUGUCAAAGUAUGCAAGAUUCUUUAACUUUGUAUGCCUAAAGACUGAUCUUGUCGAACUGUACAUCUCGCCAUCAGUCAGGAAUGGAUGCCAAUCCGCUGGACAGCUUCUCAGCUUUUUGGCCAAGAAGCAUCUAAUCCAGACUGUUCCAGAGGAGAACUGACGUCUUUCUUCUUUGGCCAUAAUCUCCAUCGAGACGGACUCUACAACCAAGUCUUAGAGCCUUUCGUAGAGAAGGAUCGGCGCAUGGACUUCAUCUAUAGAUAAAGGGAAAUCUGCAGCUGUGGAUGGAGCAACAGAGAGGAACUGUUCCUUGUCUCCCCCGUACAUCCCAAGUACAGCAGUGAACUCCUCGGUUCAGCUGAAAGAGUUACGGCAGAAGAUGUUGCCUCUCAACAUUUCUGCGUAUAUCAUCCCAGGAACUGAUGCUCAUCUGAGUGAAUACAUUGCGCCGCGUGAUUCCAGAUUGACCUUCAUGACUGGUUUUACAGGAUCUGCUGGAACUGCUGUAGUGACUCGGUCCAAGGCUGCUCUCUGGACUGACAGCAGGUACUGGCUCCAGGCCGAGAGACAGCUGGACUGUAACUGGGAGCUGCAGCAGAGCUACUCUGUCGGAAAUAUUGCUGAAUGGCUCAUUGCGCAGGUUCCAUUAGGCGAAGUCAUCGGCUUUGACCCCUUCCUCUUUUCUCUCCAGACGCAGGAGAAUUACAUGCUUAACCUGAUGUCCAGCAAUCGCAGUCUUGCGCCCGUCUCUGAGAACCUUGUUGACCAAGUGUGGAAGGACAGACCUGCAGUGUCUCCAGAGAACCUAAUCAGACUCCCAGACAGAGUCAUCCUGCGGUCCUGGCAGACAAAAGUGGAGCUGAUACGGAGUCAGAUGCGGGACAAUCCCUACAAGCCCACAGCUCUACUGCUUUCAGCUCUGGAUGAAACAGCCUGGCUGUUUAACCUUCGUGGAAACGACAUUCCAUAUAAUCCUUUCUUCUACUCCUACACUCUGCUGACUCUGGACCAGAUCUGGCUUUUUGUUCACACUCACAGAGUCACGGAGGAGCUGAGGCGGUACCUGAACGCCUCCUGUGUGGACUCCCUCUGUGUGCAGCUGAAAAGCUAUGACUCCGUCAGCGAAAACAUAGAGAGCUAUGUGUCCCAGAUCGGAGUUAAAGUUUGGAUUGGUACAGAAUAUACCAACUACGCUCUGUACCAGCUCAUCACUCCACAGGACAAAUUAUUGACCAGCUCCUAUUCACCUGUGUUGAUGACCAAGGCUGUUAAAGACGAGACCGAGCAAAGAAUCCUGAGAGAAGCACAUGUGAGGGAUGCAGUAGCAGUGAUGCAACUGCUGUUGUGGUUGGAAAAAUCUGUUCCUGGAGGAAAGGAAACUGAACUGACGGCUGCUAACUACGUCAACACUUGUCGCAGCAAACAAAAUGACAACAGAGGCCCCAGCUUUGAAACCAUCUCAGCCAGUGGACCAAAUGCAGCUCUGGCACACUACAGCCCAACAAAUGAGACAGAUAGGAAACUGACACCAACAGAGAUGUUCCUACUGGAUUCUGGAGGACAAUAUCUGGACGGAACCACUGACAUCACACGUACUGUUCACUGGGGAGUCCCCACUGCCCUCCAGAAGGAAGCCUUCACCAGAGUGUUGAUGGGAAACAUUGAGAUUUCAAGGACCGUUUUUCCUACAAGAACCAGAGGUGUGAACAUAGAGAUGUUGGGCCGCAGGGCAUUGUGGGAAGUGGGCCUGAAUUAUGGCCACGGCACAGGUCAUGGUGUUGGAAACUACUUUGGUGUUCAUGAGUGGCCAGUUGGUUUUCAAAGCAACAACAUUCCAUUCACUGCAGGAAUGUUUACAUCCAUAGAACCUGGAUAUUACAAAGAAAAUGACUUUGGGAUCCGAAUUGAAGAUGUUGCUGUGAUUGUUCCCUAUCAAACACAGUAUGGUAACCACUUCCUGACCUUUGACACGGUGUCACUGGUUCCGUACGACAGAAAACUGAUUGACGUAUCGCUGCUGAGCGCUGAACAGAUCCAAUGGUUGAACAAUUACUACCAGAAAAUUCGUACAGUGGUGGGACCAGAGUUGGACAAACAGGGACUGAGUGAAGAAAAUGAGUGGAUGCUGAGGAACACAGAACCUUUUCCUGCACCCGGAUCAUCUUCCUCCAACUGUUCCUCCUCACUGACGCUCCUCCUUCUGGCCCUCGCCUUCACAUUGCACCACAGCAGAAUCAUCUGAGAAGAUUUACUCCAAACCAUCUACAGACCCUCACCUCAAUGAUCACAUGCCAGAAUCUUCAUCAUCUAUCCAUAUAAAUGCCUUCUGUUUGCCUGUGUAUACAGAUCUAAGGAGCGGUAAGGAGCAGACAGAGAAGCAG